AUGCAUUUUUCUGCCUUCCUCCUCGCCGGUACUGCCGCCGCUGCAAUGGUCCAGCCCGGCCGUCGCACCCUCGCUGCUGCGCCGCCUCCGCCGAGCGACAUCAAGAUUCUCAAUGUCACCGCCAUUGGGUCGGGCUGCCCGGCCGGCCAUGCCUAUGUCAACGUCGAUGCCACCCGCACCGUCUUUGACAUUGCCUUCGACGAGUAUAUUGUCUCGGCCGGCCCGGGAACAAGCGUCUCCGACAGCCGCAAGAACUGCCGCAUCAGCAUCAACCUGCAGUUCCCGUCCGGUUACCAGUUCUCCGUCAUUGAGACGCGCUUCACGGGCUACGCUAGCCUCUCGGACGGUCAGACGGGAACCUGCCGUGCGGGCUACACGUUUGCCGGCGACAACCGGCAGGAAGUUGUUUUCCAGAAGAACUUGGUCGCUCCGUACGAGGACAACUACAACAUGAUUGCCGGUGUCGGCGUCGAGUCUUUCUCGCGCUGCGGCGGCACCACGGCCAUCCUCAACGUCAACUCGGAGAUCCGCAUCACGCCCAUCUCGACGCCCUAUCGGGGAACCAUGACGGUGAGAAACCCCUACACUGCGACGAUUCAGUGGCGCCGCUGUGACCCCGUCGAGUUUUCUGAAGUUUGA